GUAUAUGCCCCUUCACGUGCAACGCAUCAAUCCUCUGUAUUUCUAAGAAAAUAUAGACCCGCUUUCCAAAUGCGGUCAACAAUCGGCAACUGCCCAGAAAGAGAGAGAAAAAUAGCAGCUUGAGAGAUAUGGUUGAUGCAGUAAUUUCAUUUGUGGUGAACAAGAUUGGGGAUUAUGUUAUUCAGGAAGCUGUGCGAUUCCAUGGAGUGAAAAAAGAAGUAGAGUUGUUAAAGAAUGAACUGGAAUGGAUGCAAUCUUUCCUCGAGGAUGCAGAAAGAAAACAAGUUGAUGAUGCUGUUAUAAGGAAGUGGGUAUCUGACAUUAGAGAUGUCGCUUAUGAUAUUGAAGAUCUCUUGGAUACAUAUGUGCUCAAAAUCGAGGAAGAAGAGGCUCCAAAUAUAGUUCAAAUGAAAGAAGAGACUCCUGAUACAGUUCAAAUCAAUCAAUCAGAGAUUCCGAAAACAGGAAGGAGAGUUUCUGCUUCCAUCAAGAAGUUUUCUUCGAUUUUCAAGUGUCAGAAAAAAUCCAAUCAUAAGGAGUCUGGUAAUCACACAGAGCCCAGUAGUCACACAGAGCCUAGUAGUAAUCCAGUGUCUAGUUUUUUCAGCAAAGGAGAAAAGGUUGUUAAUCAGCACAACAUAGGCAAGAAGAUCGAGGAGAUCAGAGAGAAACUUAGUGAUAUUUCUCGGAAACGUGAACAAUAUCGCCUAGAGGAUAUUGGUAACAAAGGUGAAGGAAAGGACAAUGUUCUUUACAGAUUGAAGGAACUGCGAAGAGCCACUUCCUUUGUAGUUGAAGAUGGUGUUGUUGGCUUUGAGGAUGAUGCAGAGAAAUUGUUGGCUAAACUUGUUGGCGGGGGGCAGCGGAGAGGUGUGAUUUCUAUUUAUGGUAUGGGUGGUUUAGGCAAAACAACCCUUGCCAAAAAGCUAUACCACAAUAACAUUGUGAAGAAUAAGUUUCAAGAUCGUGCUUGGGUUUCAGUCUCUCAAGAUUACAAAACUGAAGAUAUUCUUCGAAGGAUAAUAAAAUCUUCCAACAUCGUGCUUGGAAAGGAGGAUGAAGAAUCUUUAACAAGUAAGAAGAAGAUGAGUGCAGAGGAGUGGGAGCGAGUGCAACAGAAGAUCAAGGAACGUCAAUUUAAGGAGUUGGAGAAGAUGAGUCAAGAAGAUUUAGAGCGGUAUCUUCAAAAAUAUUUGAAAGGACGUUCAUAUUUGCUUGUGAUCGAUGAUGUAUGGCAUAAAGAUGCUUGGGAGAGCUUCAAAAGGGCAUUUCCAGAUGACAACAAUGGUAGUAGAGUAGUUAUUACCACCCGUAACAGAGAAGUUGCUGAACGUGCGGACGAAAAUGUUUAUGUCCACAAGCUUCGAUUUCUAAACACAGAUGAAAGUUGGAAGCUUUUUUGUUCUAAAGCCUUUCAAAACUCAAAUGCAGAUGAAGGAUUAAAAAGGCUGGGGGGAGAAAUGGUGGAGAAAUGCAGAGGUUUACCACUUGCUAUAGUUGUAUUGGGAGGACUCUUGUCAACAAAAAAGCCACAUGAAUGGCGGAGGGUACAUCAUCACAUUUGGCAACAUCUAAGGGACGAUUCGAUUCAGAUAUCCUUUUUGUUAGCUUUAAGUUUUACUGAUUUAUCUUCUGAAUUGAAGUUAUGUUUUCUCUACUUGAGUCUUUUUCCAGAGGAUUUUGAAAUCCAUGUGGAAAAACUGACAAGAUUACUAAUAGCAGAGGGUUUCAUACAAGUAACUGAAGGUCAACUAAUGGAAGAAGUGGUUGAGAGUCAUUUGCAGCAAUUGAUUGAUAGAAGUUUGGUGCAAAUAGAAAAAAGAUGUUGGGGACGGAUUGCCACUUGUCGGGUUCAUGAUCUUUUGCGUGAUCUAGCCAUUCAGAAAGCAAAGGAAUCAAACUUUGCAUAUUAUUAUGAUGCAACCAUACAUUCAAAUCCUUCUCCAGCUAUAUUAUCUUGCCGAAGACAAGCUGUUUAUUCAGAGGUUGAAAGACAUUUGUGGUUUCAAGACUAUAAUCAAUUGUCACGUUCCUUUCUCUUCUUUAAACAAAAGUGGGAUGAAUCACUCAAAGUGACACAACACUUGCCACCCCUCUUCACCAGAUUCAGAUUGCUCAGAGUGCUCGAUGUAGAGGGCUCUGAGAGUAAGGAUGUUGUACGAGAGAGUAAGAAAAGUUUACCUAAAGAGAUAGGAAAGUUGAUCCACUUAAAAUAUUUGGGGCUAAGGAAUGCAUAUAUAUAUCAUUUUCCAUCAUCCUUUGUCAACUUGAAGAGGUUGCAAACUCUUGACAUAUAUGGCAUCGGGUGGAUAUUUCAUGAAGUACCGAUUGAGAUAUGUAAGUUGACAGGAUUGAAGCAUGUAAUUGGAAAUUUUCAUGGAUCAUUGCCGGUAGACAAUUUGAGAAACCUUCAAACUCUCAAGUAUAUAAAUAUUGAAUGUUGGAGUAAAAUUAAUCCCGACAAGUUGGGUAAUCUUCGGGAGCUGCGGAUCGAAUCUGAUUUGCCAUUACCAAAGGAGUUUGAUUUGACACCAAUAGGCAAGCUGAAAAGCCUUCAAAUUUUAUCAGUUACCUUGCUUUCGGACCAGUCUUUUGUUUCAUUGCAGGCACUUGCAUAUUGCACAUGUCUUGUAGAUUUGAGAUAAAGUGGGAAGAUAGAGAAACUACCAAGAAACAUGGAUGAAAUCUUACCAAAUCUUGAAUGUUUAAAGUUAUCAGGUUCAAUUCUUAGAGAUGAUCCAAUGGCCUUGCUGGAGAAGUUGCCAAACUUAAUGAUUCUUGUGUUAAACUUCGUUUCCUGUUGUGAGAAAAAAAUGAUAUGCUCAGCAAAUGGUUUUCCUCGUCUUGAAAUUUUACGAUUUGAUUUCUAUGAAUUGGAGGAGUGGCAAGUACAUCAAGAUUCAAUGCCAAUGCUUAGAGGUUUGAAGGUCCCAGAUGCGUCGAAGUUCAAAAUUCCUGGAAGACUAAGAUCAAUCCCGCCUCCAGCUGAAUGGGAAUGUGAAGACGGCAUCAUUCCUAUCAAUAACUCAAGCUACUUUCAACCCUGAUUAUUGUGUAUGUGCCAAUCAAUUUCUUUCAAUUUUCUCUGUUUAUGGUUUUUCCUUCCUUUCCUGUUGUAAUUCAGUUUAUUGUGUUCUAUAUGUACUUUUCUUGCGCAUCGGUUUGUUUCCCAGUGAUGUUGUUAUUUUCAAUUGUCAGUUGUAUCAAAUGCAUGCUACUUUUGCAAAUGACAUGAUAUGCUAUGAACAACUGACAGUAAUAGCUUUUACAA